CCUAUAUGUGGGGAUUCAAUGUACUAUUUCUUUAAAGAAUUCUGCUGUUGAAAAGUUUGCAAAGCACUCUUCCUGAAAUACUGUUACCCACGGAAGCUGUUGUAGAUUUGAACAGAAACAUUUCAAUCUAAAUCACUUCAGAGAACGAGUUUUCUCUCCCUGAAAUAUCUCAAGACUUUGAAGACUAAGAGCUUUGCACAGAAUUUCCUUUUUGCCACCCCCGCCUCCUAUUUUUUUUUCCUCAAUGACGGAAGUCGAGACUUUAGUUUUCAGGUACCCCAUGAAAUCAACAGGAGCUGAGUUACGUGCUAAAAACAGGAAAACAAAAUAGGAACCAGCUCUCAGCGGACGCAGCACCUGUUACGCUCAGGUAAUUUCUCCUCUUUGCGAGUUGGUUCCAGCCUUCAAUUUUCAUUCUCCCGAGAGAAGCAGGGCGCCUAUGGGUCACGUGACCCUGUUGUGCUAAGGGGGCGGGGCCCAAAUGCCCGGACGCUGCCUGGUCGCUUAGCAACGAGGCAACUCAGCUGGAUGGAGGAAGGCAGCAGCUCCGGCGACAGGGAGGAGCAAGCCAAGCGUUAUUUGGAACAACAUAAAAUCCUGGAGUUGGUGAAUUAUCUCACCAGCAUGCUCCUAUAUCACCGGCCGGAAAAUCCAAGAAAUUAUUUAAUAGCCCUACUGGAGCGAAUAAAAAUUGCCAAAUUAACAGGUGCAACUUUUCCAAAUUUUAUGGAUCACAUUAAUAUUUCAUCUAUGUUUGGAAUGAUGGACACCUCAAAUACAGGCACCAUAUCAUUUGUACAGUAUACGGAAGUCCUAAAGACCCUAGGAUUAUGUACUGAAGAUGAAGUUAUAGAAGAUGAUGGGAGUUUAAUAACUUUGGAAAAAUUCAGUUCAGAAGUGAACAAGAGGACACAGAAAAUAUGGUCAGCAUUUUAAUAACACUGUGAGUCCACAAUAAUAAAUGAUUCUAUCAAGUU